GAAACGGCGGGCCUCCGCUCGCCCCCUGCCUGCUUGCCUGCUGGGCUCGGUCCGCUGGCCUGGAGAGCAGCGGGGGCGGCCCCUGACCGGUUCUCUCUGGGCGUCCGAGGGGGCGUGGCGCGGGCGGGCGGGCUGGUUUGCUGCGGCGCCCGCCCCUCCGCCAUCCGCCGCGCGGGAAACCAGGAGGACCCCCGUUGCGGCCACCGCCCCCACCAGGUGGUGUCCCAGGCGGUGGUGACGUUUGGCCAAAGCCUUCCCUGCCAAGAUGUCUGCCUUGCUUUCCCCGCACGAGGAGAACCGCAUCUUGCAGCAGGAGCUGUCCCGGGUGGAGGACUUACUGGCACAGAGCCGUGCAGAGCGGGAUGAGUUAGCUAUCAAGUACAACGCCAUCAGCGAAAGGCUGGAGCAGGCGCUGCGCUUGGAGGCGGGGGAGCCCGAAGUACUGGAGAGCCGGGAGUUGGCCCAACACAACAUUGAGCUGCGCCGGCGACUGGAGGACGAGCAGGCGGCCUACAAGCGCAAGCUGCAGGCGUACCAGGAGGGGCAGCAGCGGCAGGCACAGCUGGUGCAGAAGCUGCAAGGCAAGGUCCUGCAAUAUAAGAAGAAAUGUGCCGAGUUGGAGCAGCAGUUGGGGGAGAAACCAGCCGAGCUGGAGCAGCGGAGCAGCGUGGCGGCAGUGGGAGGCUGCCAGGAUGUCACGGAGUCCUGCCCGCAUCAUGAGGGGGACCACAGCAGCGGCGACCUAGACAGUGCUCUCACGCGCUUGGAAGAGGAGCAGCAGAGGAGUGCCAGCCUUGCCCAGGUGAAUGCCAUGUUGCGGGAACAAUUGGAGCAUGCCAGCACUGCCAACCAGGCCCUGAGUGAGGACAUCUGUAAACUGACAGCGGAUUGGUCGAAAGCCCGGGAGGAGCUGGAGCAGCAGGAGGGGGCCUGGCGUCGAGAGGAGGAGUCGUUCCACACAUACUUCAGCAAUGAGCACAGCCGGCUGCUGACCCUUUGGCGCCAGGUGGUGGGUUUUCGGAGACACUUCAGUGAAGCAAAGGCCAUGAUGGAGAGAGAUCUCCUGGAGCUGAAUGGCGAGCUGUCCCGGUCCAGCCGCACGGUGCACGCGGCCUGCCUGAACCUGAGCAGCAACCUCCUCCUGUCGGAGAGCAGAGCGAGUGCGGAUCUGGAGAGACAGACUCUGCUCACAGCCCAGCUGGAGGAGCAGCUGAAGGAUAAAGUCCGUGACAUGAUCCAGCUGCAAGUCAGGUGUGACGCAGAGAAGGCGGAGCUGAGCAGCAGAGUCAAUGAGGUCGUCUCCACCUUGGAGCGCCUGAAAGCCCAGAAUGCGGAGAAGGCCAGCACCAUCGAGAGGCUCACCCACAAACUGCAGGCUCAGGACGCUGCUGUACGUGCCCACGAGCAGGCGGCUGGGGAGGCCAGGGAGGUGGAAGCCUUGCGAAGCGAAUCAGAGAUGCUGCAGCAGACAUUACAAGACCUGGCUCAGGCUGUGCUCUCUGAUGCAGACAGUGCCGUUCACCUCCCAUCCACUGACCGAACGACCGAUGUCUCAGGCAGCGAUGCCUCUGGCUUCAGCUUGCCCACCUUGUCCACCAGCCUACGGACACCAUCCCCACAGCGUCGAUCAUUCCGCCACCGUAGCCUCUCCCCAGUCUUCUUGGACUCCACGUUCGUGGCAGUUCGGUCUGCCUUUCACAAGCGCCAGCUGCAGCUGCAGGAGGCCCGUGGCAAGUUCGAGGCCAGCCAGGAUCUGGUGGCCUCCCUGAAGAAGCAGCUGGCUGAGGGCAACCGUGAGCACCGUGUCCUUGAGCAGAGGGUCCUGCAGCUGAGGGACGAGGCAGACGACCUGGCACGGGCCAAGGAGGGCGCCCUGCGAGACGCCAGCCGCUCCCAGACAUCAGCGGACCUUUUGGCCAGUGAGAAGGUUGUCCUGGAGAGGAAGCUGCAAGCCCUGCAGCAGAGGCGCAGUGCCUGGGGGCAGGAGAAGGAGCAGCUGCUGAAGGCCACCAGCGACCUCCAGCGCCAGUGUGAGGCCCUGGAGGCGGAGAAGGAGUCCCUCUUGGCAGACCGGGAACGAGGCUGGAAGGAGGUCAAGCAGGGCCACGAGCAGCUGGAGCGCCUGCAGGGGCAGAAGUCGGCCUUGAAGAGUGAGCUGGUUCUUGCCCGCGAAGCGCUCAGCCAGGCGGUCUUGGAGAAGGAGAUGGCCGAGGGUGAAAAGGCCCAGGGGGCUGAAGCCCUCGCCCAGGCAGAGGUGAGGCGUGCUGAGCUGGAACGAAUCCUCAACAGGAUGAGUGCAGAAGAGGCUUCUCUGCGGGAUUCCCUGUCCAAGAUGAGUGUCCUGAAUGAGGGACUUGCCCAGGAUAAGACAGAACUCAACCGCGUCAUUGCCCAGCUGGAAGAGGAGAAGGCGGCCCUCUCGGGGGCAAAGCAGGCAGCGGAGCAGGAGAAGGCUACGAUUCGACUGGAGCUGGCGCAGCUGGAGCAGGAGAGGCUGGACCUGGCUGCGGAGUGCCGGGCGGCUGGGCAUUCGCUGCAGGCGGUGGAGCAGAGCAGGGAGAAGCUGCAGCGGGAGCUCUCGACUCUGCAAGGGGAGCAGGAGCUAGUCCGGGGGCAGCUGGGACAGCUGUCUCGCCAGAGGGACGCAGCCAGCGAGGCGCUGGCGCAGGUGCGCAGGGACCUGGAGUGCCACAGUGAGGCCUCGCUCAGGGCAGCCAAGGAGAAGGAGGGGCUGAUGAAGGAGAAGGCCAGCCUGGCCGUCCAACUGGCCGCCUCGGAGCGGGACAACCGGGGGCUGGCGGAGGAGAUUGCAGGCCUCAGAUCAGAAAAAGACACCUUGGAGACAACCCUCUUUGAUGUCCAGAACCGUCUGGCUCAGGUGGACGCACGGAAGGAGCAGCUGGAGUCACAGAGCCAGGCCCUGUGUCUGGCCAGAGAAGCCCUGCAAGUGGAGCUGGGCAGCGCCCGCAAGCAGAGGGAGGCUGAGGUGAGCCGGCUGGAGCGUGAGCAGCUUCUGCAAGCCCUGAAGUUGUCCCAGGUGGAGGAGGAGGCCCAGACGGCCCUGAGGACCAGGCAGGCAGCGCACGAAGAGGAGGUGGCUCAGCUUCAGAGGGAGAAAGAGGCGCUGCGGAGGGAGCUGGAAGCCCAGCGGGAGGCGCUGCUGGCCCGCCUGACGCGGGAGCAGGAGGAGCUGCUGGCCCGCCACGAGGCCGAGAAAGAGGAGCUGAUCGAGGAGCUCACGGCUCUCCAGCAGGAGCGGGACGAGACCCUCUUGCAGGCUGAGAGCGAGAAGCAGCAGGGCCUCUCCCUCAAGGAAUCGGAAAAGAUGGCGCUGCUGGAGAAGCUCUCGGGGGUCCAGCAGAGCCUGGCCAGCCGGACCUUGGAGCUGGAAAGGCUCAAGCAAGAUGCCCGGAGCCGGCAGGAGCAAGAGCGGGCCACAGUUGCUGCCUUGAAUGCGGAGCUCAGAGACCUCCACAGGCAGCAAGAGGAAGACACGGCAGCCCACGAGCAGGCGGUGCAGGCGCUCCGUGACCAGGCCAGGGAUGUGGGAAAGCAGAAGGAAUCGGCCCUCCAAGAGGUGGAGGAGCUGAGGGUGCAGCUGCGUCUGGUGGAGGAUGUGCGGGACGCCAUCCGGCAGGACUUGCUGGAGACUCAGCGUCAGGCUCGUGAAGCCCAGGAGGGUCAGAUGAUCCAGCGCAAGGAGUCCAUGGGCCUGCACCGGAGCCUAAGCGAUGAGACCAAAGAGAAGGAGGCCCUGCAGCGGUCCAAUGCAGAGUUGCGUGCCAAUGUGAAGCGUGCUGAGAACAACCGCAUCAGUUUAAAGCGUGCCAAUGACGAGAAGGAGCAGAAGAUCUCUAUUUUGGAGGAAGUGUGUGCUGCCGUGGGCAAGGAGGCUGCUGACCUGCGCAUCAGCCUCCAAGAGGUGGAGCGGUCGCGGCUGGAAGCCCGGCGGGAGCUGCAGGAGCUGCGGUGGCAGAUCAAGGUGCUGGACAGCGAGAGGGCCAAGAGGGAGCAGGAAGUGGCUGAACUCCAGGCCCGAGUGACUUGUGAGGAGCAGUGCAAGGAGGAGAGCAGAAGGGAGUCCAUUGGCCUCAAACAGAAGAUUGCAGCCAGUGAGGCUGGCAGAGAGUCAGUCCGGGAAGAGCUCCACAGACUGCAGCAGAAGGUGGCAGAUCUGGAGCGUGAAUUCCAGCAGAGGGAGAGGGGGCUGCUGGCCAGCCUGGAGGAGGCUCAGGCCCGCGAGAGGAAGCUGGUGGAUGCCGGCCACAACUUGGGGGUCAAGCUGGAGACCGCGCAGGCCGAGGCGGCAGAGCUGAGCCUACGCCUCAGUGCGGCUGAGGGACGUGCCCAGGGCCUGGAGGCAGAGUUGUCCCGCAUGGAAAGCCUGAAGAGAGGCGUGGAGCUCAAGCUGGGCAGCCUCUACUCGUCCCUGAGGCGCACUGUGGGCAUUGGCCUUGCUGUCAGGAAGCGAGGCAGCUCCCCCCAGAGACUUUUCUCCCCUCCAAAAGGUAGGCAAGGCAGCCCCGCACCAGAGGCCUGCAGCGUGAACUCUCGAACUCCGUCCCCAGAGCAUCAUGCUUCCCCAAGUUGCAGCGAGCAGCUGGUCGUGGACAUUGACCCGGAAGUGGUGCGGGUUGCGCUCUGUGAUUUCCUGCAAGAGCUGAGGGCAGCACAGCGAGAGAGGGAUGAAAUCCGGUCUCAAAUGGCUACCUUGAACCACCGGUUGGCUGACAUGGAGGCCCAGCGGGAUGUGGCCGGGGCUCAAGUACAGCAACUGCAGAAACAGCUGGCCGAGUGCAAUGAAGGGAGGCGCACCGUGGAUGGGAAGCUGAGCAGCACCCAGGGGGCCCUGAUCCUGCAAGAGGAGAUCUUGCGCCGAAAUGAGCGGGAGCACAAGGCUUUGCUGGACAAGGCGGCAACGCUGGAGCAGAGCGUGCAGGCAGCUGAUGGCGAGAGACGAGUCUUGCAGGAGAAGCUGGGCAAGAUGAAAGCUACUGAGGCCAAGCUGGAGGCAGACAAGCAGCGCCUGAAGGCUGUCUUGGAUGCCUCGGAAAGCCGCUGCACCCAAGUGGAGCUGUCCCGACGCUCACUGGAAGGGGAGCUGCAGAGAGCCCAGCUGGUGCUCUCCGAUCGCCAAGUGGAGGUGCGGGGGCUGAGGGACCACCUUGAUGCUCUGCAGAGACAGGUGACCGAGGGGGAGAUGAAGGCUGGUGCCCAGCAGCUGAGUCUGGACCGCCUUAGCCUGGCACUGGCAAAGGCCGCGGAGGCCGAGGGUUCCCUACAGGAGAAGGUGCAGGCGCUCUCUGCCUCCUUGCUGGAGGCCAAGGCCGAGGCCAGCUCAGCCCAGGAGAGGGUGCUGGAGUUGCAGAAGGCACUGACGGCCAGCGAACACGAGCAGCGGGUGCUGCAGGAGCGGUUGGGGGUUGCCCAGCAGGCUCUCUCCAGAGCCAGGAAGGAGAUGCGGCUACUGACAGAGCGCCUCCAGACCCUGCAGGCGGAGCAGGUGGAGGUGCAGUUGCAGAAGAAAGAGCUGGGUGGUCGUGUGCGCCAACAAGAAGAGCUGCUCGGCCAGUGCCAGGAAGGUGAGACGGUCGCCCUGAAGAGUCUGCGGAACGCACAGGAGGACAAUCGGCGGCUGCAGGAGGGCCUGAGCGGCAUGCAGAGGGCCCUGGCACAGAUGGAGAACCAGAAGUGGGAAGCGGAGCGUGCCUCUCUGCGGCUGGAGAAGGACAAGAUGGCCCUCAAGAGGAUGCUGGACAAAGUGGAGCGGGAGAAGCUCAGCACCCGCGAAGAGUCGCUGAGGCUGUCUGCUGAGAAGGGGCGGCUGGGCUGCUCUCUCACCAGUGUGGAGCAGGAGCUGGCGGAGGCCUGUCAGCAAAUCCGGCUGCUGGAGGCUCAGGUAAUGGACCGUGAGCACCUCCCAGGCCGGAAUGAAACUGGGGCUUCCCUCCAGAUGGAGCUUGAGUGCCUGGGGGGCUCCCAGCUCCAGGCAGAACGCAUGCCGGAUGCCCACCGGCAGCGGGUCAGAGGAGCAGAUCCUGACGCUGAAGGAUGAGCUCCGGUCCCCAGACACCCCUUCGCCCAUCUGCCCAGGAAGCUAGCUGCCGCCUUCCUGCCCUGCACCGCAGCCCCCAGCUGGAAAGCAUUGGGGAGGGGGGGGAGAGUGGACUGGCCAGCCGUCCCUUCUUAAGCCACGGUCUGGUAUGAAGCAGUCACUGAAGGGAAAAGCGCAACUUUCCUGUGCCUCCCCUCCCAAACACACGUGCCCUUCGCAGGGGCGUAUCUACAGAACACAGCCCCUGCAGCAAGCACAUCUGGACGCCCAGCCCUGCACGUGGCUCUGGCGGGUUCCUCAGGCACCCAGCCUAAGGGGAAAGGGGGGGGGGGUAGUCGUCUUGCUGGCCAGCUGUGCACUUCUCCCCAGAAGGCAAAGUGCACAGACUGCGUGGCUGUGGCCAAUGGGUGGGUGGGCAGGGAUGGGACCCACCCUUCAGAGGAUGCACAGAGCAUGUGCCAUAUGCAAGGCUCUGCUUGGAAGGCUUUUCUUUUCCUACAGCUGUGAUGUAGAAAUGCCAAAGUGACCCUUUACUCCUUGGGGGCUGAAAACAUGCGACCCCCCCCCCCCAGCUAGAAGUACAACCAGUGGGGGCUUCCUGGGAAAGGCAGAGAGAGGGUCUUAUGUUCUGUCACACACGGACUCUUUUGGCACAAGGGAGAGGAGCCACUGUGCUGUGAGGCCCUUCCCUGGAGGGGCCUCCUUGUCUACUGCCCCCCCACCCCCCGAGUAUCUUUGUUGCCCGUGUGAGGCACCAUAGCAUAGCAUAGCAGCCUUUGGCUGGGGCACAAAUGGGCACACACACGAAUGGGUGGGUGGGUGGGUUCAUGCACAGGCACAUCAUCGCCCUGGUGUAUUUUUCUUUGUGGAGCUUUUGUAACAUUUUAAUCUGGAAAUGUAGAAACCUUUAUUUUUGUAUUAAGCGGGGGUGGUCUGAUGUGCCCGUUGCGGAAGGAAUUAGUGUGAAACUUGUAAUAAAAGCGUCUCUCCCGGAA